CACUUUCCAAACAGUUUGUUUCGUCGGUUCAAUCUAGUUGAAGAAAUUUUUUUCUGGAAGUGGGCGUUCAUCUACAUUGUUUAUUAGAUUUUGCGACAUGUCAUCAAAGAGUUUUCUUUAUGGAUUUUGCUUUCUUAUUUCAAAACUCAUACUUUCAGAAGUGCAUGGGCAGUGUGAACCCGGGUUUGCUGACACGUGCUUCACGGCAGUCCAGCAUGACCUAGACACCAUCUUAGAUGCCAGUAAUAAUAAUUUUCUUAACACUUCAGAUGCUGCUCUUGAAGAUCUUUGUUUAUCACUAGAUGACAGCUUGUUAUGUACUACUGAUAUAAUUGAUACUGACUGCUCUCUAGCUGAAGGAAGAGAAUCGUUUGACUCUUGGACGAGGGCACUGCGUUCUGCCUACGAUUCUGUGUGUGUGGGAAGUAAUGACAGGUUGAGGGAUUUGCUUUCUAAUAUUCAGUGCUGGAAUGUGAAUACAUUUAUUGCUUGCACCACUGAAAAAGCUAAUUUGAGUCAUAUCCGGGACCUAUUACAUACUUCUAUAGACAAAGUCGAAUGCAGCAAUUUAAAUGAAACAUUCAGAAAGUGUACCCAAGACGCCUCUACGGGGUCCUGUCGAGAACAAGACUCAACUUUACGAGCCGUCGAUAAAGUGUUUGAUGCUUUCAUGGACGGAUCUCAUUGCAAUGAUUACGGAGAAAAAAUCAGAAUCACCGUCAAUGUAUUUUUUGUAGCUAUCGGCAUUGUUUUAUUCUUCAUGUCUCCAGCUUAAUAAUAAUUUUAACUAUAGGAUGUCUAUAGGGUUUCUUAUUUCACUUUUUAUUAUCUGCGAAUACGUUAAUUGCAAAUGAUAUAAAUCUUGCAGAUAGUUUAUCAUUCUAAGACUGACAGUUUCAAAAAUAAAAUAAAACUUCUCGCACAAAUACAAAUUAAUUCUUUGUAAAUUUUUGUUUAAUUUUCUAUAACAAUUUUUUGUUGUUUCUUUAUUUUGCCGUAUUUUUUCAGUCUACUUUCAUAGACCUUGAACCAGUAUUAUAUACUUGCCUUUGUAUUGUCAACCGAAUAAAUUGAGUCACAAAAUUU